CGUGCAACACAACCAUAYUUUUGUGCCACGAAAAAGAAAGUAUUUCUCUUCCGAUGCCAGGAAGCACCGAGCCACAAAGAUUCUAGCGCCGAGGAUAGUCCAGUUCUUCUAUUGCAACAUUGAGCGGAAUGAGAAGCAACGGCACACCUUCGUCGAAGCAAAGACAAACGSCCACCGCGGCCUCCCCCCGCAGCUCCGGUAGCUAUGCCACGGACGACAGCAGGUCGUCGAUGGAGGGGAGCCGCCGAGACCGCCGCUCGAAGAGGAACCGCCGCGGCAAGGGAGGCGGGGCCAGGCUGCGACAGGGGCUGGAAAUGAAACACAUCAUGACCCCGACGGUCGGUGUUCUUUUGUUUGGUCUGMUCCUGGCCCUAGCGGACGUCUUGUACAUAAUGAAACACCUGGAACAGAAAUCGGAGGAACUGUCGAACCCGGGGGACACCGCCCCGGUGUCGCCGUCGCUGUCGAUGCUCCCGCCGAGAACCGACGGCAAGGGCGGCAAGCCAAACGGCAAGCCAAACAAAUUUGGCUUGCCAAACAAAUUUGGCUUGCCAAACAAACACAGCAGCGGCAAGCCAAACGGCAAGCCAAACAAACACGGCAGCGAGCUGCGGCAAAUGCUGGCGGACCGGGAACCCAUCAUCAAGCUGAUCCGGGACGCCGGGAUUUCCUUCGAUCCGGUCGCGGACGCGGARCUCAUCGAGGAACUCCCCACCUGGGCGGACGUGGUGGAAAUGUACGGGCCGGAGCCGGUGAUCUACGGGAUCAACGAGGGGAACUGCAAGCGAUUCCAGGGCCAGACCGAUCCCGGGGACCACUUUCUGGGAACGGCGGGGACCUUCAACACCGGGACGAACUUUAUGUCGGAGCUCCUCAUCCAGAACUGCCUGAUGCCCGAGCGCAUGAAAAAACACGGGCCGAAGGCGAGGGGGAUUCGAUGGCAGGUAAGCAGCUACGAGCCGGACAUCGAGCGACGAAAGCCGGCACACAAGCAACCCCAACCAAACAAAUUGUCAACGGUCGGUCGGUCGGUCGGUCGGUCGAUCGAUCGAUCAAGCGUAGUGCAGCACAAAACGUCACGUCACGUCACGUCACAAACUAUUUGAUUCUCCAACAAUCGUGCACUCGUUGGUGGUUUGCUGGGAGGCAGUCGAUUGCCUCUUGUCUUGUUUUGUUUUCUUUCCCUUUUUGUUGUUGUUGUUGUUGUUGUUGUUGUUGUUGUUGUUGUUGUUGUUGUUGUUGUUGUUGUUGUUGUUGUUUCGCUCUGGUACCUCGCACGGCAACUCACAACCAUUUUCUUCGCUCUGCCAAAAGGUGCCGUGGGGAAAACAUUCGCCCGCCGGGGACCGAGAUUUCCGGGAGAAGCACAAGACGGUGAAAGAUAAGGACGUCGAUGGAAACGAAAUCAUGCCCGUGGUUACCAUCCGCGAUCCGCUGGUGUGGAUGAAAAGCAUGUGCCGCCACAAAUACACGGCCAGGUGGUUCGGCUUUCUCGACCCAAACUGCCCGAAUUUUUCGCUCGGCGACCUAACGACGAGUGUAAAGUACGCCGAGUUCACGCUCGAGUACGAUUCCCUCAUAGACCUGUGGAACAAAUACUACCUCGAAUACAAAAACAUUGACAUUCCCUUUCURUUGGUCCGCUUCGAAGACCUGGUCUUCCACGCCGAAGAGGUCACCAGAAAGGUCUGCGAGUGCGCCGGUGGCAAGAUCUACCGGAAAAACUUUCGCUACGUGCUCGACUCGGCGAAGAAGGGGAAAGCCGCCCACGGCGCAAUGUCCGAGCGGACGGGGUACGUCGACGCCCUCGUGCGGUACGGAACCCUCGCGAAGCGCUACAAGGGGUGGAACUCGAGAGCCGACCUGGAAUACAUCAGGGAGCACAUCGAUCCAACCAUCAUGGGGAUGAUGCAAUACGCCGAGAUCGAUCCAAACUGGGUUGGCGGCAAGAACCCGCACGAGAAAACAGGGGUACAAGCCGACCCAGAAAACAACGACGAUGCAAACGACAACGAAGAAGAAGAAAACGGAAAGGACGACGAUGCGCGAGAGAACAAAGAAGGCGGUGAAUCGAACGACGACAAAGAUCAAGACGACAAAGAAGGAGGCAAAGAAGACGACAACGACGACGAAGUCAGGUGAUGAGCACUAGAAGCUCCGCACAACGAAGAGCAGACGGGGGAGGAAAUAACCCUUCACCCCUGUUGCAACGAAAUCUAYGSCUGAAACUUCGUUUCGGCGAUUUGAAAAGAAGAGAGAUCCAAGCUAAGAGAASAGCUGCUGUAUAGCACUGCAUUWCGUACAU